GUCAUGUUUUAGGUUUAUAGUGGGUUUGUUUUGUUUUGUUUUUAUAAAUGUUGAAAGACAUAAUAAGAAUAUGCGGGGUGAAUGUGGUGUGUUCUGGCAUUAACAUUACGGCCAAGAUGACGUAGUCGUGUCGUAACUCCUCCUCUCGCGAAAAUGGCGGACACCCAUCCUCCGGUGUGUUCGUGAAACUAAAUUAACAGAAACAAAUGCGGAUGGUUUUGAUAUUUUAUUUACGAUUUUGCCAGUUCAGUUGAGAUCUUUAAGACCUUUAAGAGCAAGUUUCUUUGUUCUGGAGUUCUUGUGCCGAACGGUGUAAGGUGACCGUGGUUAGCGAAAGGACACGUUUAGCAUCGCACAAGUCUUGAUCAAGGACAGCUGCAAGCUACAGCCACACAUCUGCAAGGAUGUCCGACCGUCUGACAAGAGAAUUCAGUGCCCAGCUUUCAACAACAAUGGACUCAACCCUGAGGCGGGCUAUGUAUGAAAUAAUGAAGAUCUUUGAGACCAGCCUACAUGACCAUCUAAUGGAGCUGGUGCAGAGGGGAGAGGAGAUAGCUAAUCUUAAAAUAAAGUUACAGAGAGCGGAGAUCAAGCUGGGGGAAAGGCUGUGUGGAGGUGACACAGAAACAGAGACGAAUGAAAAGCAGGUGACAGAACCUCAAAAAGAGCCCGAAAAUGUUCUGGACGCCUCUGGACACACUUCUGAUUAUCCUGAGAUUGAUUUUGAAGUACCUUCUGACUGGUGUGCUCCUCUGGGCUCUGAGGCUGUGCCCAAACAAGAGGUUGGCCUGUGUCCCAGUGUAAGACUACGCAAGCUGCACAUUCCUCUGUGGCAGGUUCCAAUCAAGAAGGAGGUGGAUAUCCGUGGCAUUGACUCUCACCAGCAAACAGUGGGUGGCAGGAAAACCACGAGAGGUUCUUCAUUACAGAAGCACAGACACACAAUGUCUGUUCAAAGAACUCAUCGGGGACCAGUAAAAAAUGACAUAAAGAGAUUGCUCCAAGACAUCAGAGAAGAAUAUACCAACCUAACAGACACACCUCAAAGUCUAAGAAGAGGACGGAGAAGUCAAACAGGAAGAGAGCAAGAAAAAGCGAUGGAGAUCAUAGGAGACAGGAAACAAACUGCAAAAACUAAGUUCAAGUCUACAGAACAGAAGUCUGUGGAAAAUGACAGUCAUAAGAUCUACACCUGCAAAUUCUGUAAGAAGAAAUUUCAAACACUAUUUGGCCUAAGUGUGCAUGCGCGAUCACACAAGAGGUGCCAGGGUUGUAAAAAAGAGUUCUCUUUUCCAAGUUAUCUCAACAGCCAUAAACUCUAUUGUGCAAAACUUAAGGAAUUGUUGGCAAAACAAGCAGAGUCCACUGACCCUCCAAAACAUCAGCCCUGUGUAGGAGAAGCUGCUUCAGACAAAGGCCAGGUGAUCGAUAAGGAUGACAAAGCUUUGUCACCAAGCAAAAAAACGGUUACCAAAAAGGAGGACAACACACCUUCAUCACAGAGCAAAAAACGGGUGAUCAGUGAUGACACACCUUCACCACCGAGCAAACAAGAGGUGAUCAAAAAGAGGGAUGACGCACCGUCACCAACCAAGAAACAGGUGAUCAUUAAGGUAGAAAAACUACCAUUGCCCUGCAGCCUUGGUGAAUUAUCUGUCCAGAAAGAUGGACACACCAAGAAGCAUACAAGUUCAUUCUCCAACCAGAAGGACGAGUCAAUCAGCCAGAUGCGAGAGCACAUACGUGGUUCAGGUGGCAGAAAGCCAUUUCGCUGCAGCAUGUGCCCUAAGAAAUUCCGUUUUAAGCGGGCUCUCAAUACGCACAUAACGAAAAUGCACAAAGACCAGGUGAAUACCAGUCAGGCAAAUGCAAUCCUUUCAUGGACUUUGCGUUCAGAGAAAACUGAAGAAAAUAAAGAGGUUUUGAUUUCUCCCUGCAAAGACACAAGUCAAGCAAGCAACCGCAACAACAUUAAGAGAAAAUCCAAGCACGACAGAAAGCCAGGUGUAAUAUGGAAAGAAAUGGGCACCCUAUGCCCUGAUGGAUACACCUGCUUAAAGUGCCCAAAAGUCACCAAAACCAAAUAUUUAUUGAUUGCCCACUUCCGCUCCCACACAGGAGAGAAACCUUUCAAAUGUGACCAUUGUGCUGCAAAGUUUCGUUGUGUAUGGCAGCGUAACAACCACAGAAAGAAGUGCACUGGUAUUUUGUUCCAGUGUGAGAAGUGUGAUAAGAAAUUCCUCUCAAAAACAAAGUAUGACAGGCAUGUGCUAAAAUAUCACAGGGACUGGCAUCUCUUCUGCAAGAUUUGUGGAAAAGGCUUCUUUCAUAAAGGGCGCCUAAAGAACCACAUGCAGAGCCAUAAGCCAGUUUACAGUUAGUAUCGCCUGUAUAUGGACACUGAAGCCCUGGAUGUUCAUGAUGUUCAUUCAUCACGUACUGUUUGGUGUCUUCCAUUAAGCUGUUUUGCAGUUUUUUUCUUCUAUUUUAAGAUGUAGUAAUGAUAUAAUUCACAUCAGUAUUCCUCAUCUCUGUCAAGUAUUAAAAGAAUCUGGUGAUGUUUUAGGGUUUCUGCAAAAAGCAAUUCAGCAAGAUCCUGUUUUGAUACCAAAUUAAAAUACAUACUUAUGGAAAAUGGAACCACAAACUGAACUGAAGUUAUUAUUAAGAACUUACUUUUGCAGUUAAACAUCACGCUUACUGUUACAUUUCAGUUUCUGAAUUUCAUAGGUUUCUCUGCAUAUGUACAGAGUAGGGAUAGACUGAUUAUUGGGGCUAAUAUUCCCCAAAAGAAAGUCGGUAACGGGUAUUUUUUGUGUUAAUAUAUUUAAAAUGUGGUUUUACUCAAUGCUCCGCCCACAACAGUAUACCUCAAAAGUGUACAAUGUGAACAAUACUUGAGUUACAUUCCGUAAUUUCAUUCUGAAUUUGGACACAACAUUUUUUUUUUUUUUUUUUUUACUGCAAAUGUAUUUGCUCCACUAAUUGGUUACCAAUCUCCUUGAUUACUGAUAAUUGGUAUCAGCCUAAAAACAAUCAUAUUGAUCAAGCCCUAGUACAGAGCGGUCCAUUCACAAACAAGUGCUCUUGUUCUACCAUUGUCAACACAAAGUUUGUAAAGUAAUUGUAAUUUUGUCAAUUCUUUCAGAAAAUCUGAACCAAUAAACUAUUCAUAGGGGAGGAAAAAAA